AAACUGAACAACUCCGUGAAAGCCAUCAUAACCGCCUUUCAUUAUAUGUUCCACGUUGACUGCUGCAACUGAUAUUAGUGCGAAUGAACUUUGAAAUUUGUACUGCACGUAUAGUAUGUAUUCGUAAUCUGUAAUCAGUUCAAAAUCAGACAUAUUAAAAUAUUCAAAUCAAGGUUUAAUGAUAAAAAAUAUCAACAUACUUCAACAUAUUAUACAAGGAGAGAUAGAGUGUUAUGUUUCAUUUGACAGGCACAUCUGAUAAAUGUGCAUAAUAAAUACUUUCUGAGCUGUAAAUUAGUCUCACACUAAAGGACAACAAAAGAAACUGAUAGGAUUUUUUUUUAAUCGAUUACAAUAACUAGUACAUCAACAACUACAAUGGAUAAAGAAAUCAACCCUGAAGAAAUAAAAAAAGAAAUUGAAAGUAAUUUUAAGCAAUACUUCGGCAAAGAUGGAGAACCUAUAUCUGUUUAUCAAUAUAAAGGACACAAUAUUCUGCAUCUCGACAUGGCAUCGUCAGCUUUAUCGAAACUACAUACGGUGAAAAUUAGACUUGAUGAUAUUUUGAUGCUUUCCUUUCCUGCAGCAGGGUCACAUUGGAUGUUUGAAAUUGUUAAUAUGAUAUUGACAGGAAACAGUGAAAGGGUUUCCUUGCUAAAAGAAGACAUGUUAUUAGAUAGUGCACCUGCUGAACUACUUGAUUCCACUAAAUCACCUCGAUUCUUGAACACGCAUCUUCAUCCUGAACUUCUGCCUCCAGAAUUGCUAAAGGAUCAUAAAAUUAUCUUCCUCAACCGCAACCCAAAAGCUGUGCUGGUGUCGUCGUACAGACAUACAUUAAACGUUAAUUUGUUGGACUACAAAGGAGAUUUUCCAAGCUAUUUUGAUCUUUGGAUAAAAGGAGAAGUUCCUUAUGGUGAUUACUUUGAAUACGUUCAGGAAAUUUAUGCUCUAUGUAAAGAUAACCCAAAUGCACUUAUCAUAACUUACGAAGAAAUGAAAGCAGAUAUGUCCAAAGCAGUGUCACGUGUUGCUAAGUUCUUGGGGAAAACUAUUUCAGACCAACUUACAGAGAGUAUUGUUGAUAUGUGUUCAUUUGAUAAAAUGAAAUCUGAGAAAAAUGUGACUAAUUCGUUUUUAAUCAAAGAUCAUUUCGUAGAAGGCGGUACUAUCUACCAUUCUGGUAAAGUGGACACAUGGAAAAAAUGGUUAACGGUGGAACAAAGUGAAAGAAUCGAUGCAAGGAUCCAAUCAGAAUUCACGGAUCAAGGAAUCAUUUUUAAUUUUUGACUCAUGCAUUGAUGUUAGACAUUUUCAAGUCAAGUAAAAUCAUGCAAAAACAUAUGUUGCCAGUUCAAACUUCUUUAUUGGUUCGACGGUAAUUUCUUAAGCUCUACGUUCUUAUAGUGUAGUUAUGAAUCAUUGAAUUUCAAUAAAAAAAAUGCAUAUUUA